UCUUUCUCUCUCUCAUCUAAUAAUACUAUUUCUCUUGCCCGUUGGGACUUGUUACUAAAUAUAUUUAUAUCCAACUCCCAAAAAGCAACAACUAAUAAAGAAUGUGCAAUAAGCAGACAAGUUCACCAGUACUCUCUAGCAAAUGCAAUUCCAAAGAGGCCACCAACAUGUUCCCCCUUUUGAUCCCCAAAAGCACAACAAACAAAUUGCAUAAUAAUAGUACCCAUCUCUCCCUUGUCUUUAAUGAAUCAAAAUCCAUAGCCAAUAUUGCUUUCCCCAUGAUACUCACUGGCCUCCUCCUUUACUCUCGUUCCUUAAUUUCCAUGCUUUUUCUUGGCCGGCUUGGCGGCUUAGCUCUAGCUGGCGGCUCCCUAGCUGUCGGCUUCGCUAACAUAACUGGAUAUUCAAUCCUAUCUGGCUUAGCCAUGGGAAUGGAACCAAUUUGUGGCCAAGCUUUUGGUGCCAAAAAAUACAACCUUCUUGGACUUACCUUACAAAGAACUAUACUUUUACUUAUUUUAACUUCAAUUCCCAUCGCUCUACUUUGGGUCAACAUGAAAAACAUUCUACUCUACUGUGGCCAAGAUGAAGAUAUUGCAACGGAGGCACAAUCUUACCUUUUAUACUCAAUUCCUGAUUUAUUCGCGCAAUCGUUACUACAUCCUUUGCGUAUUUAUCUUAGGACUCAAUCCAUAACAUUGCCACUCACAUUUUGCGCCAUCCUAGCAAUGUCGCUCCACGUACCUAUAAAUUUCCUUCUUGUUACGAAACUUAAUUUAGGUGUGAAAGGAAUUGCUCUUAGUGCCGUUUGGACUAAUUUCAACCUCGUAAUCUCUUUAAUUGCCUAUAUUGUCAUCAGUGGUGUGCACAAAAAGACUUGGGAGAAUUUGUCAACAGAGUGUUUCAGAGGAUGGAAAAAACUCCUGAAUUUGGCAAUUCCUAGCUGUAUUUCGGUUUGCUUAGAAUGGUGGUGGUACGAAAUCAUGAUUUUGCUUUGUGGAAUUUUACUAAAUCCAAGAGCUACAGUUGCUUCAAUGGGAAUUUUAAUUCAAACCACUUCAUUGAUUUAUAUAUUCCCAUCUUCUCUUAGUUUCAGUGUAUCAACUAGAGUGGGCAAUGAGUUAGGUGCUAGACAACCAAACAAAGCCAAAAUUGCAGCAAUUGUGGGCCUUGCUGGCAGCUUCAUAUUGGGCUUUUCAGCUCUGUUUUUUGGGGUUACAGUAAGGAAAAUUUGGGCGAAAAUGUUCACACAAGACCAAGAGAUUCUCGCGUUGACAUCUCUAGUUUUGCCGAUAAUUGGGCUUUGUGAAAUUGGGAACUGCCCGCAAACGACGGGGUGCGGGGUGUUGAGAGGAACUGCAAGGCCGAAAGUCGGUGCGAAUAUUAAUUUGGCUUGUUUCUAUCUUGUGGGAAUGCCUGUGGCUGUUUGGCUGAGUUUUUAUGCAGGAUUUGAUUUUGAAGGUCUAUGGCUGGGAUUAUUGGCUGCGCAGGCGUCCUGUAUGGUGACUAUGCUGCUCGUUUUGCUUCGAACAGAUUGGGAUGUUGAAGCACAGAGAGCUAAAGAUCUCACAGGAACUGUUCUCAAUGGUUUUGAUGACAAUGAAGAUAUUCAGGAAUAUAAACAACUCGUACCAGAAAACAAGGAUAAUUCUUUCUGUUAAUAGACUAGUUUUUACUCUUCUAUAUAAUUUAUGUUAAGAUAAUUUUGUGCUUAUUUUAGAUGUAUAGUUAUAGUGGGGUCAGG